UCCGGUUCCAGUUGGAGAGCGGCGUUUUCCCGAGCCCGAGGGCGGGCGCGGACUACAGCUCCCGGCAUGCUCCGAGGCCACCGGCCUUAACCCUUUAAGGACCGGGCCGCGCUGCGCCCCGCCCCCACCCCUUCCCUGGACCCUGCAGGAGAUGGAUGCCCCCAUCGACACACUGUCCUUUGGCCACCGGACAUCAUGCCUCCCAAGAAGGAAGUUCCCGUGAAGAAACCACUGGGGCCUUCUAUCCCCAAGCCUGCUGCCAAGCCUGCAGCAGGGGCCCCUCCAGCCAAUCCUCCAGCAGAGGCCCUUUCAGCCAAGCCCAAGGUUGAGCUAGUUGUCCCUACUGCCUCUAAAGCACCCCUGGAGCCCCCCAUCGACCUCUCCAAAGUGGUGAUCGAGUUUAACAAGGAUCAGCUGGAGGAAUUCAAGGAGGCCUUCGAGCUGUUUGACCGAGUAGGGGAUGGCAAGAUCCUGUACGGCCAGUGUGGGGAUGUGAUGAGGGCUCUGGGCCAGAACCCCACCAACGCCGAGGUGCUCAGGGUGCUGGGGUACCCCAAAAGUGAUGAGCUGAAGUCCCGGCGUGUGGACUUCGAGACUUUCCUGCCCAUGCUCCAGGCAGUGGCCAAGAACCGGGACCGAGGCACAUAUGAAGACUACUUGGAGGGGCUUCGGGUGUUUGACAAGGAGGGGAACGGCAAAGUCAUGGGAGCAGAGCUCAGACAUGUCCUCACCACCCUAGGAGAGAGGAUGACCGAGGAGGAGGUGGAGACUGUUCUGGCAGGACAUGAGGACAGCAACGGCUGCAUCAGCUAUGAGGCCUUCCUGAAGCACAUCCUAAGCGUCUGAGCUUCCAAGAUCCCGUGGGGCCGGACACCGGCCACCCCCGCACCCCCCGACGGAAGCAUGUUUCUGCUACUAGGAGGCCACCUAUGUUUCCAAAUAAAGAGACGGUUCCUCCCUUG